UGGGUUUCCGUUGUCAUCGUGUUUUACCGUAGCAGGAGUCUGGCUGUGUUGUCCCUCGUCGCUACCCGUCCUGACUUUACGAUCCGCUGCACUGGUUAGAAAUGGCUGAAGCUCCCCCACGGCCUUGCCGGUUUUUUUGUCACCGGUGUUCAGCUGAGAUCAGUCCACGUUUACCGGACUACACCUGCCCCAGCUGUGAAUCAGGUUUCAUUGAAGAAUUGCCUGAGGAAAGAAGCACUGAAAAUGGGUCUGCAUCCAUAUCCGCCGCCACUGAUCAGAACCGUCCAGCAUCUGAGAACACGAAUGACCAACCCCUUUUCCCAUUUCCCUCCGGGUACGGACCGUUUGCCCAUUGGAUUUUCGAUGAAAACUUUGACCUUCGAGUGCAGCUGCCCACAGAAGAUAACCGAGAAACGGAGAACCGACGGGAACGGGAAAUGGCAUCACGCCAACGAUACAGCGCACGACAACCAAGGGGUCGACAUGUUCCUCGACGACAGGGUACGCGCCAUGAGGGAGUGCCCACGUUAGAGGGGAUUAUCCAGCAGCUAGUAAAUGGAAUCAUAGCGCCUACAGCCAUGCCGAACAUUGGCAUAGGACCAUGGGGAAUGCUUCAUUCCAAUCCAAUGGACUACGCUUGGGGUGCCAAUGGGCUUGAUGCAAUUAUUACACAGCUGUUGAACCAGUUCGAAAACACAGGCCCUCCUCCUGCAGACAGAGAAAGAAUAAAGAGCUUACCGACCAUCUCCAUUACAGAGGAACAUGUGGGUGCUGGUUUAGAGUGCCCUGUGUGCAAAGAAGACUACAGUGUUGAUGAGAGCGUUAGGCAACUGCCAUGCAAUCAUUUGUUUCACAAUGACUGUAUAGUGCCAUGGCUGGAGCAGCACGAUACGUGUCCUGUGUGCAGGAAGAGCCUUAGCGGACAGAACACAGCUACAGACCCACCAGGCUUAUCAGGAAUGAACUUCUCUCCCUCUUCCUCGUCCUCCUCCUCCCCCAGCUCACCUAGCAAUGAGAAUGCUGCCAGCAACGCGUAGAUUAUCACAGCCACCUCCACCACCUCACAUCUGAAAACCUCAAGCCCAAGACCCGUCAGCUCGUUUUUAUAGCUGAGACCAGGACAGUUGUCUGUCUCAAUUCUAGGGGACAUUAUGAGUUGCGAACUGUGAAUCUGUCGCAGACCAUUAAUCGCCAUUCCACUGGUUUGUGCUGAACAAAAUGCUGGGUCUAGAUCCUGCUGCUAUUCUUAGAGUCAUUAAGGAGUUGGGGCAGGGCAGUGUUGAAGGAGGAACUAGAAUUGAAUGUGAAUGAUAAUAAAAAGUGUGAUUGUGAUCGGAACUGGAGCAGAGUUGGGGCCAGGGCGGAUUGCCUUUUGAUGGAGAUGUCUCUGUCACAGGGAAGGGACACAAUUUUUUUUAAUUUAAAAGAAAAAAUGCUCUUUUUAAAUAAGUAGUGGUGCCGAGUCCGUAGAUGUGUAGGUAGAAAACUCAUUUUGAACUGUCAGCUGCUGGUAACGUUGAGGUAAAGAACUGGAGUGUAUGCAUCAGAUUUGUAUUUAUUGCACCUUUUUUAACAUUUUGCACCAAAGUGUGAUGUUGAAAGUUUGAAUUUGAGUAAGCUACUGAACAAAAAGUCAUUAUUUUUUAAAUUAUCUUCCAGGACUUAAUUUUGUUUUUAUUAGAUUUUCUAAGAGCUUGAUCCGGUGUAUGUUGUGUAUGUUGUGUAUCUUGACAAGGGGUGAGAUCCUCAGAAUAAUGAGUCCUUGCCCAAGACACAAACUACACAAAUACACAAAAAGGACAUGAAAAAGAGGCAUGGGAUUAUUUAACUUGCCCAAACGUAUUUCACGAAAUGUGUUUAUUAUUUUAUUUAAUAUUUUUGUAUAGUCACAAUAAAGUGUUGAAAAGAA